AUGGCCGGAAAGAUAGUAACCAGAUCCUCGGGUUGGGCCCGCCGAUCACAACCUUCAUGGACCAACAUCCUGACCCUCUUCGCUUGCUUGGCCUGUCACGCCUUGGCCUCCACACCAGAUGGCCCUGAGCCUGUCGAGACAUUGAUAAUCGACACCAGAAGUCCAUACAAGACAGACAAUGGGUGGGUGAUGCUUUCACCAAGAGACGCGGAAGACUGGAAGCAGUGGAAGAAGCGUCAGAACGACAAGGACGACGACGAGGACGAGAAAUCAAGCUCAACAGCCAAGCCAUCAGUAACAACAACAUUCGCCAUCGUUGCUGGAAAGCCCACACAAAGCAGCACUACAUCUUCCGAGACCGCCCCAAGCGCCCUGCCAACACAUCUCGACAGCUUGGCCUCUGGGUUCAAGGAAGGAUCCAACGGUGAUCCCAACGCAUGCCCCAAAUUCAUCAACUGGUUCCUCAACACCCCCGAGUUCAAGGAGUGCUACCCCCUCUCCAUGCUCCUCGAUCACUCCAAAUCCUUCUUCGACGCCCAGCGCUCCCCGGUAACCAUCACCCGCACCCUCGACGCCACCUGCGCAGCCAACGCCACCCGCUGCUCCCAGUACUUUGCCCAGCUAGCCCAAAACUUCACCUCGACGGAAAACUGCGGCAAUGACUACACCUGGGGCACACCCGCCAUCGUCAACACGUACAAGGCCAUGGUUGCCUACGCGCCCAUUUAUAGUGUUGGCUGUUUACGGGAUGAGAAGACGUCGGCGUACUGCUUUGCCAAUGCCGUGGGCAACACCACCAGCAGGGGGAACACUUAUUUGUACACCCUCCUCCCGUUCAACAAGAGCUUGCCUGGGAGUAGCGUGACGACGUGUGACGAAUGUACGAGGCAGACGAUGAAUAUCUACCAGGCGUCGACGGCGGAUAGGAGACAGCAGAUCAGCCUGACGUAUGAGGGGGCCGCGAAGCAGAUUAAUCUUGUUUGCGGGCCGGGGUUUGUGCAGGAGACGCUGGCGCCCGAGGCGGUGAGGAGUUGGGCGGGGAGGAAGGGGAGGGUGGUGGAGUGGACGGGGUUUGGGGUUGUGAUGGGGGUGUUGGUGUGGUUGAUUUAA